AUGAUAUUUCUGUUUUCUAUCUUAAGCUUAUCUGUUUUUGUUCCAUUAUCAAAGACAUAUUCAGCUUCGAUUCAAACAUUAUCACUUGAUGAGGUCAAAUCAAACUCACAACUUACACAUUUGACUCAUUUCGCAUUAUUUAUCAACGAGAAGAGCAAACAGCGCAAGAAUUUAACUCAAAAAGUUGAUCAAGCAUCUAUCCUUCAUGAUAAUGUAGUUUUCAGCUAUCUUACUGAAAAAUCAAUUGAAAAUUACACAAAAGAACUUGAAUAUUCUCCCCAUUUAUUCUUGGUCGUUAAGGAAGGAAAUGUAGAGAAUGUUUUCCCAAUCAAUGAUGAAGAAGAGAGCAUUUUCCCAAUGUUUGAUUUCUUUUCAGAAACUAAGCAUCAUUUGUUCACAGAAGAGACAGAACUUCUUGAAUAUCUUGGAAAAGCCCCAUUUUCCAUCAUUACAACACAAGAAAACUUUGAGCGAGCUCAGCAAAUUCAAAAGGAUGUUGCUGCACAAAUGGGCUACGUAGAAUUGCUUCUUACAACUCAGCAGAUCUUAGCUACAGUUGCUGAGAACCAAACAGCCAUUUUUGGCCUUUACAGAAGAGAAGAUGGUUUUAUUGUAAAUAUAAUCGACGACAUUGAAGAAAUUUACCAAGCAACAUAUCCAGUUUACAGAAUGUUACGAAAGGAUGACCUCGAAACCGAGGCCCAGCCAAUUUUCGCCAUAGCUCCAGGCGAAUUAACCGAAAUUGUCCAAGAACUCCUUAUAGAACUUGGCGCAUCAUUCCCAGAGAUCGUUGUUGGCUACGCCACACAAGAAAUCAUGACCACCCUCUCAAAAACAGCUCCAAUUCUCGAUACAAAGAUUAAAAUCGCAUUUACCAACCCAAGAGAGCUUUACUACUACAACAUUUCGGGAUUAUACCCAACAGAACUCCUCGAAAAUGACUUCAAUGCCGAUGAAUUCUACAGAAUUACGAAAGAUCUCUUCGAAAGAGCUGUUAACGGCGAAAUUGUUCCAGAAUACCAGAGCGAAGAUAUUCCAGAAUACGAUGAAGUAUUCCAGAAAGUUGUAGGAAAGAAUUAUCUCGAUUUUAUUUCAAAUACAACUUCCGAAUCUUUGAUUUUGUACAUGAAACCAACAUGCCCGCACUGCAGAGCCAUCAUGCCAGUUAUUACAGAGUUGGCAACAGCUUUACAUGAUGCAAAAGCCAACAUCAGAGUUGGAUACAUCGACAUUUCGAGAAAUGGCUGCUCUGAAGGAUUUCCAAGCAUGAGAGGUGUUCCAACAUUAUAUUUGUUCAAGGAUGGCGGCAAGAACAAGACACAACUCUACUGCCAGAGAACAAAGGACGAAUACAUCAGAAAUCUCAAGAUCAUUUCCGACCAAAAGAUCGAUAUUGAGACAGUAAUGCCUGAUUCAACAGAGUUGGCCAACCAUCUCUUGACAAUCAUCAUGUCCCUCGAUGAAGAAAACCCUGUUCCUGACGAAGAGAAAGAAGCUUUCCAGAACUACUUGGAGAGAGAAUCAAACUUGCUGCAAUCAAUGUCUAACUCAACAGAAACAAAUGAAACUCAACAAAAUGAUGAGAAACAAGAAUUAUAA